AUUCUGAACAAGUUUUAAAAAAUUCAUUCGUUAAAAUAGAUACAUUGAAGAGAGUCGAUAAUCUUAAAGUUGUAAAUAAUCAACGAUUGAUCCAAAAAUCAUCCGUUUCUACAUAUCAUCAAUCAGAUAGUUCACAGUUGCCAUUAAUUGAGCGAAAGAUAUUGGAGAGUGAGAAGAUACAUAAAACAAUCAGCAAGAGGCCCAAUAAAAAGACUAAAAUGAGACUAAAUGUCAGGCUUAUCCGUAUUCGUGACAAGUUGGUGCUAUGUUUAAGCGCGCUCGCCAUCGUGUUCACGUUGCUGUUAGUAAUGGAUUUACAGAUGGACUUAGGCUACAGUGGCCAUCAUUUGAGUCCCAGCCAUGCUCGAGUUCGAAUCGGCGAUUCGCCAGAGACUGAUACCGUUUACAACAAUUUCCGUCGGAAAUUUCUUCAACGAGGUAACGGUAGUCGCGAACAAGCUAAUAACGACGUAACGCCCAUCGUUGAAAAAUCAAGGAAAAGUGUGGUAAUGUCGUCGUCAUCGAUGAAAAAGCACGAUGAUUUCUCGGAUUUGAUGGACUUGGUAGUGAACGCGUAUGCAAUAAACGAUGAAGGAGUGGCAAUAAUUAGCAGAGAAGACCGGGAAUAUAAUCCGACGAUCGGAGAAUUGAGGAAGGUGACAUUAAAAAAAAAUAGCACAACUUUGGAGAAAUUCCAUUUACAAAUCUCGAGGUUGCAGUUAUACUCCGAAGAUUCAAAGUAUGUGGACCAAUUACUUCAUGAGAUGGCGACCAAGCCAAUUCUUCAUGUUGUUCAAAAAGAUGGCGGUACACAAUUAAAACUAGUUAUUGAUUACGGCGACAACAUGCAGGCAUUGUUUAAACCGAUGCGGUUCCCGCGAGAACAACAGACAUUGCCAAAUCAUUUCUACUUCACAGACUUCGAGAGGCAUACCGCUGAAAUCGCAUCUUUUCAUCUGGACAGGCUUUUAGGAUUUCGUAGAGCGAUGCCGGUGAAUGGUCGGACUCUUAACAUUACAACGGAAAUUUACCAGAUUGCUGACAGUGAAUUGCUUAAAACGUUCUUUGUGAGUCCAGCCGGCAACCUGUGCUUCCACGGCAAAUGUAGUUAUUAUUGCGAUACGGCACAUGCCGUUUGCGGCAGUCCUGAUACUUUGGAAGGUAGCUUCGCCGCCUUUUUACCGGAUAAGGCUUUUGCAGCUAGGAAGGCCUGGCGGCAUCCUUGGCGUAGAAGUUAUCAUAAACGGAAGAAGGCCCAAUGGGAACAUGAUUCCGAUUACUGCACUUUGGUAAAAGAAAUUCCACCGUACAAUGAAGGUCGACGAUUACUUGAUCUAAUGGACAUGGCAGUUUUCGACUUUUUAACAGGCAACAUGGAUCGCCAUCAUUAUGAGACAUUUAGAAUUUUUGGAAACGAUAGUUUUACGUUACAUCUAGACCAUGGAAGAGGUUUUGGAAAACCUUUCCAUGAUGAAAUGUCUAUUUUAGCACCUCUUUUACAAUGCUGUGUCAUCAGACGAACUACUUUAAGUAUUUUACUCCGUUUCCAUAAUGGGCCCACACGGCUCAGCACUGCCAUGCGGCAAAGUAUGGCAAAAGAUCCUGUGGCUCCCGUCUUAUGGGAACCCCAUUUAAACGCCCUAGACCGGCGGAUAAACAUUGUCCUGCAAGCCGUCCGUGACUGUAUUGCCCGUGAAAACUCUUCGCAACAAGUCGUUCAUAGCGAUAAAAUUGAUUCGAAGUUAUAGCUUUCAAGCAAAUCUAGAAUAAAUAAUCGUGAUGUAAAAAAUGUAAAGAAAUGUUCUUUUCCCUCUCUCUGGCUACUUUCU